AUGUAUCCUCAGAGCGUUACAUCCAUGAAGCAAGCCCAACGAGCAAUGAUGGGAGGUGAGAUCUUAGCGGCGUCAGGAGUAGCGGUGAGAAGUCCGACACGAUCCAGCUCUGCAGUUGAAACAACGACAACCUACAUAGCCAGUCUAUGGUGCCCUUUAGCUAAUCUAACUCCACAAGUAGCAAUCGUAACCACAACUCCACAUAUUAUUGCAACACAACAAAUAGAGAUCCCUGUUUCAAGACAACAAUCCUUCCCAAACACUUCGGGCACUGAAACCUGGAUCCUUCACAAUAUUCAACCACAGCCACAAUAUUCCUCGAUGGUCUACAUAUACAUCACUAUGGUAGGCUUGUCUGAUGUGCCGCUAUUCAUACAACAACUACCGAUCUUCAACCCGUUCGUACAACAGACCCCAGGUUCAAUCCUAGAACUGUCUUAG